AACAGCUACAAGCAACGCACCCAUUUUCGUUUAAAGGGUAGAAGGGUAGGGAAAAAACAAGCGGCCUUCCUUGCAUUCCACUCCUCACAUAUUCUCCGGAAUCUGUGGCUUUGCAAGCUCCAGAAAGCCACAGUUAUGUUCUCCGCCAAACCUUCGGCGCCCUCAACUGGUGGCCUGUCUGUCAAUACCGGCUCCGCGAACUCUCUAUUUGGCAACGCCCAAUCGACUUCGACAAGUACUCCCGGCACAACGAGCACAUCCGGAGGAUUGUUCGGAAAUUUGGGCGGUUCAACCACGCCUAAGCCUGCCAGCGGUUUAUUUGGCGGAAAUACACAGCAACAGUCUUCGGGCUCGAAUAUGUUUUCGGGAUUAGGGGGAGGACAACAACAGAGCAAUGCCACCGGCGGAGGCUUGUUUGGGGGCUCUACGGCGACUACAUCGCAGCCUCAAUCUGGUGGGUUGUUUGCAGGGACAUCUGGGGCCGGGAACAACACCGCCCAGCCUAGCACUGGUGGCGGAGGAUUGUUCGGAAACCUAGGAGGUGGCUCCGCGACACAGACACAGACGCAGUCCCAGCCUGCUUUCGGUGGAGGUCUUGGGGGCUCAGUGGCGACAGGCGGCAGUGGACUCUUCGGAGGAAAUAAUACUACAACUCAGCAGCCACAACAGCAACAACAGGCCCAGAAGCCUUCGCUGUCCUUGUUCGGAAACCAGAGUACUACGGCGCAACAACCAAUGCAACAAUCUACUGCAGCUGGGACAAUUGUUCCUGGAGUCAAGGUGGACCUCAGCAACCUCCUCCCAACUACUAAAUACGAAAGCUGCGCUGAUGAAAUCCGGAAAGAGCUCGAGCGCUUUGACACGUUUGUCCUGAAUCAGAUUAAUAUGUGCAACGAGGUUGGGAAUCUGAUCCCUACCAUUGCCAACCAGGGUUCCACAAUACCGAAUGACGUGGAAUUCGUUGAAGGGAAACUCGAAACCAUGCAAAGGGCACUCGAGAAUGACGCAACUGAUAUCGAUCAUCUUCGCAGCUUGGUGUCUCGCGACGCAGCGGAGGCUCAAGUUGCAUUCCGCGCCAUUGACACCCUGAAGUUGCCUUUGCAGUACCAGUCUACAGGAGAUGCUGGGUGGUGGUCUGUUCCAGACCAGAAGCAGUCGCUCCGGUCCACGCGCAAGAACACGCUUGCGCUCCCCGACGAUGUUGAGAGCGACCCAGCUACCGCUAACUCUAUCAAUGGGGUCCCUGUCAACCUGGUCGAUUACUUCUCACAGCGUUCCGACGAAAUGGCCAUUGUCCUUGACCGGUACACGCGACACACGAAGGAGAUUGAAGACCAUCUCCAUGGAGUCGAAGUCACCCUGAACCGCCAGGUCCACGAGUUUGUGGCAUCCCGGAGCCGCGACGACUCCGCCGUUGGGCCGUCAAGCUCUGCUCUCAACGACCUCGCCGCAGUGCUUGGAGAUGUCGAGAUGGGUAUUCUUGGUGUCGCUAGCAGACUGGGCGGAGUCACCGAACAGGUGCAGGAAACCGUGUUGGGCCCACCAUCUGGGGGCGAUGGGAGACUCCACGUAUGAAUUGAUACUCAUUAAUUUAAUGACAUGAUAGGUGCAUGGCUGAGCGUGCUUUGGGGCUUAACGUCCUGUGCUUUUUGUGUAUAUUAUUUCAAAACCUCGAACCCGAUUUUGGACGGGUUUGACGUUAUGCCAUCGAUAAUUUGUUGGGGAUAGGCGUCUCGGGUUGGAUAAUUCUAUUUUUUUUUUUUUUUU